AAACUGUGUUCAUUCAUGUGUGCCACUAGACCGCUUAUAAAGUACGGCAGUUAUGUUGAAGCACGUAGCAAUAAUUUGUGCAUGCGCUUAUCUUCUGCCUUACUUUCUUCGAUGGUAUUACUCGAUAACGAUUGACCAGCCAGAUGAGGAAUAUGACUUCAUAAUAGUCGGGGCUGGUACGGCAGGGAAUGUGAUCGCAAACCGAUUAACAGAAUCGCAUAAAACCAAAGUUCUCGUGCUUGAAGCAGGGGACAACGAUGCGCCAAACUUAUUUAUUUCUGUUCCGCUUUUUGCUCCGUUCAUGCAAAGAUCGAAACAAGACUGGCAAUAUAGAACAGAGCCCCAAAAACAUGGAUGUGGUCUAUUAAAAGAUAACGUAAGCCUGUGGCCUCAAGGAAAAGUGGUCGGAGGUUCGAGUUGUUUAAAUUACUUCUUAUAUACACGAGGUGCUAAAGACGACUUUGAUUCGUGGGAAAAAUCGGGAGCGACUGGCUGGAGUUAUAAAGAUGUGUUGCCGUACUUUAAGAAGUCUGAACAAGCUAUGGAUAAAAAUAUGACGGCAGAUUUUCACGGCACCGAUGGAUACUUGAAGACUUCGUAUCCUUAUAGCUCUGAGUUGGGAAACAUAAUGUUGAAAGCUGGAGAGGAAUUAGGGUAUGACCACGACGACUACAAUGGGAAUGAUAUGAUUGGUUCGCAUUUGACUCAACAAACCAUUUACAACGGACAACGAGUAACAUCAGCAUCAAGUUUCUUACGACCAGUUAUAAAAGAAAGACGAGAACGUUUGCACAUUGUCGGUCGUGCUCACGUGCGCCAGAUAGUGUUCGAAGAGGGAGAGGACGGAAGAAAGCGAGCAUCGGGAGUAAUCUACGUCAGAGAUGACCUAGAGGUGAAAGUUAGAGCAAGGAAGGAAGUUAUAGUGAGCGGGGGUGCUGUGGGAAGUCCACAACUUCUCAUGUUAUCAGGGAUUGGACCCAAACAACACCUCAGCGAUAUGGGGAUACCAAUGGUUGCUGAUCUCAAGGGUGUUGGCCAAAAUUUAAGAGACCAUGUUUAUGCCCCUGUUCCCAUACAUUCACCUAAUCUAACCGAGGGCAUUGCAAUUAACGACAACGCUCUUUUUACAACCGCGUUUCAAUAUCUGCUAAGAGGCACAGGCCCUUUAGGUCACGUUGGUGCGGACGCACAAGUACUAGAAAGGUCUUCGCAUGCCAAAACUAGAAGUCCAGAUAUACAACUUAUCUUGAUAUCAGCGGAAUGGACCAUGGCCAACAUGGAAAUAAACCAGAACAACUUAAACUACAAACAAGAGUACGUAGAUCGCUUGCGUAAAUGGGGAGAAGAACACGACACAAAUAUUCUCUCAAACUUCUUGAUAUCCAACGGACUGCUAAAACCUGCAAGUACAGGUUACAUAAAGCUUCGUUCCAGCAACUAUUUAGAUCACCCUGUUAUCCAACCAAACUAUUUGUCCAACCAGAAAGACGUGGAAAUUAUGAUUGAAGGUUUUAGAUUACUUGAGAAACUUGAAAAUACAAAGCCUUUUAAAGAGAUUGGAGCGAAGAUGGAGCUAAGUGCGCUGAACUGCGGUGGAGACGAAACCCAAAGAAGCGACAAGUUUUACGAAUGCGCGGCUAGAUCAUUAGGUGGAACGGGUUAUCAUGCAGUUGGAACAGCGAAGAUAGGAGCACCUAGUGACGUCAUGGCGGUGGUGGAUCCCCGAUUACGAGUUUAUAAAGUGGGUGGGUUGCGAGUGGCGGAUGCUUCAGUAAUGCCAAGUAUUCCAUCAGCAAACACACAAGCUGCGUGUUACAUGAUCGGGGAGAAAGCAGCCGAUAUGAUCAAGGAAGACUGGGGAAUUUAAAACAUCAAAUGCUUUUUAUGUUUAUGAUCAAUCACGGCCUACUAGAGAUAUCUCUAGUAGGCUUUUUUUUCUCGGAAUCUAAUAAAGCACUAUAUCGUAACUGAAACGUGAGAUG